CGUCAAGGUGCGCUCGAUUCCUGUUUCGCGAAUUUCUACUGCUACUGUUGAACUCAGGCCAGAGACGAGUCGGUCCACUGUGCUCAUUCAAUCUUUGACUGCCUGAGUGACUUAUAUUAUUUAUCAUUUAGAAAUUCGAUGUAACUACAAUUGUCCAUUUAUCUUCGAUAACUUUCAGAUCGCGAAUUGGUAAGUUCGCCUAGAGUCGCAUAUCCAUACAAACGCGAUGGCAGUGCCCAUUGUUCAACUGAGAUGUGGUGUCAAGAACGAUGCCUGGGGAAAGAAGGGAAAGGAGUCACUCUCCGCGCGCCUUUGGGCACAGACACCAGGCAAUGGCCCAAUUGACGAAAACCAGACUUAUUCAGAGAUGUGGAUGGGCACGUACCCCAGUAAUCCUUCCUACGUACUGUCGAAUGGAGAACUCCUUUCGGACUACAUCAAAAACAACCCCCAAGUGGUCGGCGACGCUGUGAUGAAACGCUGGGGAGCUGAGAUUCCAUUCCUACCCAAGAUUCUCUCGUUCUCCUCAGCCCUCUCGCUCCAACUUCAUCCAGAUAAGGAACUGGCUGAAAAACUGCAUCACAAGGACCCCAAGAGGUUCGGCGAUAGCAAUCACAAGCCAGAGAUAGCUGUUGCCCUAUCGAAAUUCGAGCUAUUUGUUGGCUGGAAGCCCCUCAACGACAUCCAGGCACUUUUCGAACUGCCUGCAUUAAAGCGUUUUACACCAAGUGAAAGCCAGUUUAACGACCAAACCCUGAAAUUGAUUUGUAAGGCCUUGUUGGAGGCUUCGCCGGAUACAGUGAACGAGACUGUCAAGGAGCUCCAAAAGAUCCCGACAGAGCAAUUUGGGCCAUAUCCGUAUAUCCCUUCCAUCCUUGAUCGUCUGAGCGCGCAGCAUUCCGAAUUUGACAAUGGGAACCUUGUGGCAGCCCUACUGAUGAACUACAUGAUUAUUGGACCCGGUGAUGCAGUAUGCGUUCCGGCCGACAGUGUCCACGCAUAUCUCUCGGGGGACAUUGUUGAGUGUAUGGCUCGCUCUGACAACGUUCUUAAUGUUGGAUUCUGUCCUAGGGCCGAUCGCGAUAGUGUGGACUUGUUCACACAGGCUUUGACGUUCAAACCACACAGUUCACAGGAGGCUGAGUUGCCGAGGAAAACGAGCGACAAAGGAUUGAGUGGCAGAACUGUAGAGUACGCUCCACCAAUGAGCGAGUUCAAUGUUCUUGCAACUUCUCUAGCUCUGGAUGAAACCGAGACUCAUAAGGCCAUACUUGGACCCAGCCUUAUGAUUGUUACUGAAGGGUCUGGCAAGAUGGAGGCUCACGGAGCCACGACCGCCCUAGAUGAGGGUCAAGUUUUCUUUGUCGGGCAGGGUAUUUCUUUGGAAUUUUCGACGCCGACAAGCAUGACCAUUUACAGAGCAUACGCAGAGUAGGGGAGUAACAAAUAUGUGAUCGCGAAUAUAUUCGCUAUUUUCCAUUCAUCAGUUGAGCGUUGAUAACAAGAGACAUUUGAUUUAGCCUUGACGCCGGACUGAGGGAAGUAAAAAAAGUGUAAAACAAGAUAGUGGCAUUUUCCAAUGCUGCAAGUCAAUGAAAGAGUAAUUAACAUGCUUGUCC